AUGCACCGUACAGUUUUUUCGAGUAAUUCAUCGGUCUCACCGAUUAGACAACCCUAUGAAACAUAUAUAAAUGAUUACAAUGAUAACCUGAAGUAUACAAAGAAUAUUCGCUGGAAAUCUGAUCUUAGGAGUAAUCACUUUAAUGAUGGGUUAUUAUCACCUUCUUAUAUCGAUGAGAAUGAUUCUUUAUCAUCAUCUCCAAUAUAUAUUGGUGACACUCCAACUUCAUCUAGGACUUUUAUUUAUGAAUCACCUUAUAUAAAUAGAGAUGAAAGGAAAAUUACUAGUAAUUCACUCAGUAACGGAGAAAAUUUGCAGGAAAAUACUCCAGUUAUAAGACAAAGAGCACAUAGAAGAUGCACAUCUACUGGUACUCCUAUAUUAAUAAGUUCAUCAUCAAGAUCUCAUAAUCAUGAUCAUGAAGGUUUUUUGAUACCAGAUCUUCCUAGCAGUAAUUCAAGAAGAAAAGGUUAUGGGAAAUCUAUGAAUACCCGUUGUUCAAGAGAUUCAGACUAUAUAAGCAAUACUAAGAUUAGUAAUAUUGAUAGUGACAAUUAUGAAUCCUUAGAUAAUUGCAAAAAGGAUACUGUACAUAUUACAAUGCCACCAAGGUUAGGUAUUCCAUCACAAACUCCUUUAAAUAGUCGUGAUUUGUUAAGGAAAUCACCUCUACCAAUUGUAAUUGCAAAUGCCGAGGAUAGGUCAGUAUAUAUGGGAGAUAAACUUGCUAUGAGAGCUAAAGAGAUACAAAAUGAAAAAGAUUUAUAUGGAAAAAAAAAAAAUUAUAGAUAUAUUUCGCCAAAUAUGAAGGCUUCAAAUAAUAUACUCCUAAGAAAAGAGAUAGAUCACACUUUAUAUCAAAUGGAUCACACAUAUAAAACAUCACCUACCGCAAAAUAUAUAGAUUAUAUAGAUGAUCAUGACUAUGUACUCUAUCAUGGGGAAUUAUUAAGAAAUAAAUAUAAUUUAAAACCUAGUAUUUACUCAAGAUCUGAGAGCUACGUACCUUCAUUUAAUCAAGGAAAUGGUAGAAGUCGUUCACUAGCAUCAUAUUAUGGAAUUAAUUAUUCAGUAUCAACAUCUACUCUGCCAUCACCAGUUGCUACUCAUAGAAGUAACUCAAUAGCAUCAAUUCAAAAUUGUCACUCUUUAUCAAGAAAUUCGAUUUUGACAAAUAUUAAAAGAAGAAGAAUUGGAAGUUAUAAUAUUAAUCCUGAUGAUCACCUAUUGCAACAACAUUUGCAACUACUUGAUAAAUCUCUAGAUAAUAAUCAUACACAUUCAGAUGAUGAUUAUGAAUUAAAUCGUAUGUUUGACUCACCUGAAUAUAAGAGUAAAGACAUCUAUAGAAGGACUUCAUCUAUGAAUAAUGAAGAUGAUUACAAACAGAAGAAAUUAACUCCAAAAUUUAGGGAUGUUACACAUUCUAUUGAUCAUUACAAUAGAUCAAGAUCCUAUAAUGGAGAGAUUAUAGAAAGUGAUAUUAAAUUAGAUGAUAGAAGGCGAAAAAUAGAAAAUCUACAAGAUGUUGAUAUUGAAAAUUAUUCAAUGAGACGAAUAGAUAGAUCUGAUAGAAGAUCCUCAUCUUUAAUAAGGAGGAGAUCUAAGUCUGUAUUUGACCGAAAGAGCCAUUCUAAAGAAAAGUCUACUAAUAAUAAGAAUAGAUUAUCUAGUAUUGAAGAGAAUUUGUACUCUAAUGAAGUUAACAUGGAUCUUAACUUUAACCAGUCUAUAUCAAAUGUAUAUGAUGUUGAAGAUACUUGUGAAAAUUCUGCAGUAAAUAUUGAGACUUUUACAAUAUUAAAUGAACAAGAAUAUAAUCAAACAAUUGAAAUAUCUAAUAAACAAUUUAAUAACUGUACUUCAAUUGAAGAAUCUGGUGAUAUACCAUCUGAGAAUUUAAGUAAUAGUAGUCUUGAUGAUAUACCACAUCCAAUAAGUAAGAGUACAUUUCGAAAAAAAGAUAGAACUAAACAAAUUGAUAUAAAUACAGGUGAUAUAAAUGUUUAUGAUAAACUGAAAGGUUUAAAUGAAAAUAGUAUUGAUCAAGAUAUUAAUGGUGAUAUUUUGGAUAAUUUUAUUGAAAAUGAUAAUAUAGGGAAUGAUAGUGGUAUAGAAUAUAAUAUUGAAGACCAAUCAUUAGCUUUGGAUAAUAAUCAUACAAAUGAUACAAUUAAUCCUAAUAAUAAUAAAAAAAAGUUAAAUAGAAGUAAAAUUAAAAAAACCAAAGAAACUUCUAAUAAGUCUAAAAGUGGACGUCAAGGACGUCAAUAUAGCCGUCGUAAGCAUAUUGAUUAUCAUAUUCCAUUAAAUCAAGUUAAUCCAAAAAUUGGUGAAAUAUCAUUACCAGAAAAAGAAGAUGAAACUUCUAGAGAAAAUCUUAAUCGUCGUUAUCCACGUCGUGUACGUACGGCACCACUAAAGUGGUAUUUAGGUGAGAGGCUUGAAUAUCAACGUGAUGAAAAAAGUGAAUUAGGAUAUACAAUUGCAGCAAUACAUAAAGUUGCUAAUCCUAAAAUGAUACCAAAUGAACGUGGAAGUAUAUAUCCAAAUGGUAAUGGUAGAUUAAGUGUUGCUUCAAUGGCAACCACAACCUCAUCUCCUUUAUUAAGAAAUAAUGAAAUGGAGGAAAAGAAAACUAGUCAUUCUUAUUCAGCUGAUGAGUUUGGAGAUACUGAAUAUGAGAAACAAAAUAAUAUUAGUGAUGUAACUUCAGACUUAAGUCUACCAGAAGUAAUUGAGGAUAAUAUUAUUGAUCAUAAUCAUAAACCUAAAAAGAUAAAUAAAAAAAAUAAAGAAAAUGUAAUGAAGUCAUCUAAUUCACUAAAAAAUUCCAGUACUAACUAUCAUAAUAAUACUAGUAAAUCACAAAAAACUAAAAAAACUACUAAAAUUAAUUCUAAUGAGAAUAUUUCUGAGGAUUCUGCAAAUGCAGUCACUUUAUAUGAUCAAGAUAUUGGCAAAAAUUAUAAUAUGAUUACUGUAUUUAAUAGAAAAGAUUUGUGUUGGGCUGAUGUAGAAUAUACUAUUGGCAAACCUUAUAAUGUUGCUCUUUCAUUUAUAUCAAGCCAAGCAACAUGCUGUGAAGUAUGUCUACCACCACAAACAGAAAAAGGUUUAGAUGAAAGUCAAGAUAAUUAUAUACUUGGUCAUGUACAUACAGCUCCUGAUGAUAAAUCAUUACAAAUUAUGAUUAGCGAUAAUAAUUUGUAUAAUAUUGGACAUGGAGAUUGGUUCCUUAUUCCUGAUCACACUCACUACAAUUUUAAUAAUACUUCAACUUAUUCUGAUAUAUUUAUAUCACUAUAUGUUAUUAAAGAUAUCGAAUAA